UUCAAACAUCUCCACUCAACAGCUCUGCGCUCUUGCCCAGGUGAAGGAUCUGUGCUUGCCUGCCCGAGCACCUGGGAACUAUGGCUUCCUGCAAUCUCCCCUUUGGGGGAAAAUCUCUAGGAAGGAGGCUCAUAGAGGUGGCAACAACCCUUUUUUUCCUGGCCUGUCUUUGGGGGGUAACUUGGAGCACCAACCCUGCAGAAACGGAGCAGGUUGAGAUCCGGCUGGUGAAUGGUUCGAGUCGCUGCAGUGGGAGAGUGGAAGUGCUCCAUAAUGGGAUGUGGGGCACUGUUUGCGAUGACAGCUGGGGCAUGGAGGAAGCCAAAGUUGUCUGCAGGCAGCUGGGUUGUGCAGCUGCAAUAUCAGCCCUACGUGAAGCACAUUUUGGGAGAGGAACUGGACGUAUCUGGAUGGAUGAACUCCGAUGCACGGGGACGGAAUCAGCUCUCACUCAAUGUCCAGCAAGGCCCUGGGGAGAUAAUGACUGCCAUCAUGGAGAAGACGCAGGUGUUAUUUGCUCAGAGGUGAGGUUGGCAGGCGGUUCAGCUCCCUGCACAGGCAGGGUUGAGAUACUCCACAACCAAAGAUGGGGAACAAUCUGUGACAAUGGCUGGGACUUAGCCGAUGCUCAAGUUGUCUGCCGGGAAGUGGGCUGUGGAGAUGCUUUAGCAGCAGCAAAUGCUGCUAAAUUUGGAAGAGGAUCUGGCCCUACCUGGAUGGAUCAAGUGAACUGCACAGGGGAAGAAGACAGCCUAAGGAAAUGCCCACCAAAAACCCUGAUGGAACACAGCUGUGAUCAUAGCAAGGAUGCCGGUGUAGAGUGUUCAGAGCCACCUGAGAUCAGAUUAACAAAUGGCCCCAAUCACUGCUCUGGAAGAGUUGAGAUAUUGCAUGAUAAACUCUGGGGAACUAUUUGUGAUGACGACUGGGACCUUGAUGAUGCCAGAGUUGUGUGCCAGUAUCUAGGCUGUGGAACGGCUUUAUCUGCCCCAAGAGGUUCUCGUUUUGGAGCAGGAACUGGCCCCAUAUGGCUAGAUGGCAUCAACUGCACUGGGUCAGAGACUGCUAUCACCAAAUGUCAAGCAAAAAGCUGGGGAGAACAUGACUGUACCCACUCAGAAGAUUCUGGUGUUAUAUGUGCAGAGCUCCGCCUAAUGAAUGGCCAAAGCCGCUGCUCGGGGAGGAUUGAGGUGUAUCACAAUCAGCAGUGGGGAACCAUUUGUGAUGAUGGAUGGGAUUUAAAUGAAGCCAACGUUGUGUGCAGGGAACUGGAGUGUGGAACAGCCUUAAAAGCAACUGGUGGAGCACAGUUUGGCCAAGGAACCGGUCCCAUGUGGCUAGAUAAAGUGAACUGCACAGGAAAAGAAGCAUACCUGAAUGAAUGCCAAAAAAGCCCCUGGGGAGAGAACCGUUGUGAUCAUCGGAGGGAUGCCAGCGUUGAGUGCUCAGACCCAAAUGAAGUGAGGCUGGUGAACGGUACAAGUCGCUGCACUGGCAGAGUUGAGGUGCUCCACAAUCAGCAGUGGGGGACUGUGUGUGAUGAUGGCUGGGACAUGAGCAAUGCCCAAGUCGUGUGCAGAGAGCUGGGCUGUGGAGUUGCCUUGUCAGCCCCACGAAGCGCUCAGUUUGGAAGAGGAAACGAUCCUAUCUGGCUGGAUGAUGUCAAAUGCAAGGGGACAGAAGCAGCCCUCAGGGACUGCCGCCUGAAAGCUUGGGGAGAACAUAACUGCAACCAUGGAGAAGAUGCCGGGGUCAUGUGUUCAGAACUCAGGUUGGUGAAUGGCUCGAGUCGCUGCUCAGGGAGAGUGGAGAUAUUCCACAACCAAGAAUGGGGAACUGUGUGUGAUGAUCGGUGGAACAUGAAACACGCUGAGGUCAUCUGCAGGGAACUCAGCUGUGGAGUUGCUCUGAAAGCCAACACAAAAGCUUAUUUUGGACAGGGCACGGGGCCCAUCUGGCUGGAUGACGUGAACUGCCAAGGCACAGAAAACGCCCUCAGUGAAUGCUCAGCAAGCAACUGGGGAGUUAAUAAUUGCAAUCAUGGAGAAGAUGCGGGUGUGGAAUGUGCAGACCCAGUGGAGCUGAGACUGGUCAAUGGCACACAUCGGUGUUCUGGGAGAGUGGAGGUGUUUCAUCUCCAGCAAUAUGGAACUGUGUGCGAUGACAACUGGGACAUAAAUGAUGCCAUAGUUGUGUGCAGGUACCUGAACUGUGGAAAUGCCUUAUCUGCCCCACGAGGAGCUCGGUUUGGGAGAGGGUCUGAUCCCAUCUGGUUGGAUGAUGUGGAAUGUACAGGAACAGAAUUGUCCCUUGGUGUUUGCAAGGCCAAGCCUUGGGGAAGCAAUGACUGUAACCAUGGAGAAGAUGCUGGUGUUGUGUGUUCAGAUGAUCUCAGGCUGGUCAAUGGUUCUAAUCAUUGCAGUGGGAGAGUGGAGAUCCGGACAGCCCACAGUGAUGAGUGGGGGACUAUCUGUGACACCAACUGGGACUUAAAGGAUGCUGAAAUUGUGUGUAAGCAACUGGGCUGUGGAAGAGCAACCUUAGCCCCACGAGGAGCUCAUUUUGGACAGGGAUCAGGUUCCAUCUGGUUGGAUGACAUGGACUGCAAAGGCACAGAAGAUUCCAUCCAAGAGUGCAGAGCAAACAACCAGAGAAACAGCUGUAAUCAUGGGCAGGAUGCAGGAGUAGUUUGUUCAGAAGCGUCCACACUGAACGUGGCUAAUGUCCGACUGGAAGGUGGUCCACACUCCUGUGCCGGGAGAGUUGAAGUUUUCCACCAGCAGCAGUGGGGAACUGUGUGUGAUGACGGUUGGGGCCUUCCAGAUGCCAGUGUGGUAUGCAAGCAGCUGAACUGUGGCUUUGCUUUGGAAGCCCCACAUGGAGCACAUUUUGGACGGGGCGGUGGAUCCAUCUUUCUGGAUGACGUGAAUUGCACAGGGACCGAAACCUCCCUCAAAGAUUGCAGGGGACGUACCAUUGGAGAGCAUGACUGUGACCACUCAGAGGAUGCUGGGGUGAUAUGUUCAGGUCAUAUGGAUGUGCGGCUGGCCAAUGGACCCCAUUCCUGUGCCGGCCGGGUGGAGUUGAAGAAUAACAACACCUGGUCCUCUGUUGGUGACUCUGGGUGGAGCCUUAAAGAGGCCACAGUAGUAUGUCGGCAACUGGGCUGUGGUUCAGCACUGUCCGCCCAAAAGGGCAACCAAUAUGGCUUGAGUUCAGGCCCGGCCUUUCUGGAAGAAAUGAAAUGCACUGGAUCAGAAGCAUCUUUAAGUGAAUGCCAGGCCUCCCCAGCAGGCCCCAAUAAGUGCAUCUGCGGCACCUAUGCAGGAGCAGUGUGCGAGGGAAAGCCAGGCUCAGGUAAAACUACUGCUGUGGUUUUGAGUCUCUUAGCGAUUGCCUUGAUUAUUGGUGGGGUCUUCUUGUACCUGCGAUGGAAGAAAAUGAAAAUUUCAGUGAAUCCUUUCCGUUGUAGAAGAGAAGUAUUUAUGGAGAAUAUCACAGUGGGAUCCGAUAUGGUUAAUGGCAUUCGAGAGAUGUACUCCCGAGGAAGAGAGCAAGUUGCACCCACAGCAAACCCUGAAGAUGACACCGUCUGUUUGGUGAAAGACACCUCUGACGCUUCCACAGACAACACUAAUUGAGAGACUGGGAGGGGGCAAUGGCUUGGAUGCAGAUGAGAGAUGAACAUCUACCAGGAGAGAGGCAUCUUCCAUCCAUUCACUGAAGGAGGCCAUAUCUAUGUCACCAGCUCUUGCACUGAUAGAGUGAAUUUGCAGAGACUUGUGUGUGUUUUGCUGGAAUCUCUGGAAGCAUGCAGGUAUCACCAGCCUGAGAAUACCAAAAGGAAAUGGGAACCCCUUAAGCAUGGAUAGAAGACAAACUGGAAAUCCCUGAAAAUAUCCACAGUGCCAAAACUUUUAAGACUUUGGAAAGUUGUUUCAAAACCCUUGCUUUCCCUACUGGCCAUUACAUAAAACAACCAUUGAUCUAAGUUCUGCUGUAACCCAUACAGAGCAUGUUUGUCAGAUGCUAAACAGUAAGACCCAGAAAGCAUGCCUCCUGCUGCAUUUGUAGCUUGCUUGUAAGACUUUUCCCCCAGAAAAUCCUGAUGGGAGUCAGGCACCUUCAAACAUGGAAAAGGAAUUGGUACAGUUUCCGCAUGAAGUCCCUGCACUAUACCUCUUCUCCAUCAUACACCUGACCAUCACCCAGUCCCCACCACCAACACAAUCCAAGUACUAAGCAGGUCUGACUCUGUUGAGCUUUUGGUUUGGACAAGAUCCAGUCUUUAUAGCUCCAUCCUCUAUAUUAUCUUGGCUGAUUCUUAUCCUUACUUGUCUGGUUAUUAGCCUAACAAAGAAACAAAGAAAAUGAUUUAAUUGCAUAUGCUAAUCCAGAUGAGUUAGAGUUUCUGUUUGCCUGUUGAUUGAACACUGAUGUUAGCUAGGCUGAAGAAACAGCAGUCUUGCACAUUAUUCAUUGCAGGUCUACUCAAAAGAAAAUCCCCUUGAUGUCAAUUUCUUACUUCCUAAUUGGACUGCAUCCUUAAUGGGAAAAAAUAAAAGGAGCAAACUCAGUUCCCCUUGGAGAACCUGGGUCUGUUUCAGUCAGACUCAGUCUUCCAGCUGUACUUAAGAGGAGUAGCCAUAUUGCAUGCCCUUAUUACAGAUAAAGCUGUACAGAUUAUAACAAUAAACUUGCUGUAGAACUGUUCUCACCAUAUGUUUGGCAUACAUCCUUCCUCUGAGGUUUAUUGGAAACCAAAGGCCUGAUUCAUCUCAAUCAUGAAGAGAACAUCUCUCAGAACUAGGCUGUCAUGUUGAUUGGCUUGCCUCUCGUGUCAGUCAAGGCAGAUUUAAAGCUUAAAUAAGAGGUAGGAAACCCCUUUCAGCAUGAGGGGCAAUUCCCUUUUGGAGAAGUUGGGGAAUGGAGGAAACAGAAUUUGCCAGGAAGUAAGAAAAAAUAAAGCAAAAAACCUCACACGUGGUUCCACUUUGAAAAUACGUUGCCUUAAUUCCAUCAGUUUGAAAAACACACAAAUGUCCUUCAAGCUGACCCAAAACAUCUACAGAAAAAGUAAUGACCUUUUGGAGGGUUUUUGCUAAGGAAAAGAAACCAUGCUAAAGUGAAGCAAUGGUAAAUCUGACUAAGUCAAUGAAUCAUGUUUACCUAUUUAAGAUGUCAUACUUGGGAAGUCUGGUUUUAUAUAUGUGCAUCCAGAGAUAUAAACUGGGACGAUAGGAAAUCUCUCCUGAGUCAGAGCACUGGUCCGCUUCACCCAAUGUUGACUUGCACCGGCUCUCCAAGGUUGCAAGCAAAAGUCCAUCCUAGCUCUACCUGCAGAUGCCGGGGACUCAUCAGGGGCCUGCAUGCAAAAUGUGCUUUGCUGCUGAGCCACACUCCUCCCGAUAGUGGUGUGGUUGCUGACAUGUAGCAGGGGUCCAUUUCCAUGUUGAUUUUGUCUUAACAUAUAUUGCUGAAAAAUUGCACAGCCUGCAACUUGUCCCAGUUUCUGCUUUGUUUCUGCAUUUACCAAAUGUGCAAGUCUCAGAAUUGACAAGGAAAAGGAGAAUAAAGACUUAAAAAUAAAAACUUAACACUUUGGAGUAGGAAAAAUCUCAAAUGUUUGUUGUUUUUUUCUAGUGUAAUGGAGGACUAUGCUUGGAAACAAUCCAUGCUUUAGGAAUGCAAUCAUAUGUAUGUCUGCUUGGAUUGAGUCCUAUUGAGUUCAGUGGGAUUUAAUCCCAGGUGUGUGUGUAUAUAGGAUUUCCAUCCAAAGGCUGGCCAUUUUUUCUCUGCUUUAAAUGGGAUCAGAGUGUUAAAACAGUGUUAAAAUAUUCUCCUUUGGAUGUUC